AUGAACGCCGACGAGAAGGUCUACCCGUCCGGGCAGCACUACUCGGGGACCAACCGGAUCCCCAACAUCAAGCAGUUCGUCGAGAGCCUGGACCGGCAGAAGAAGCAGCGCGACGCCCAGGUCGACGCCCAGCUGCGGGCCGGCAGCGGCCAUGGCGAGGCGCAGGACCACGUAUCAGCCACGCAGCAGCAGCAGCAGAAGAGCCCGGCGGGCAAGAACCGGCGCACGGUGCGCGACCCGGUCACGGGCAGGGACGUCGAGAUCGAGGACAUCGACACGCACCACAUGAAGGCGGCCGACCAGCCCAUGAUUACCAUCCCCAACGCCAACCUCGGCAAGCCGACGACGAGGCAGACGCUUCCGACGCAGUCGGGCGAGGAAUACCGCGCCGCGCAGGACGAGACGGCGCCGCCGGAGCCGGUGGCCGCGGGCGCGACCACGGACGUGCCGAUCCACGGGGAGAAGACCAACGUGCUGUUCCACCCGACGCCGGCGGUCAGCUACGAGCCCAUGUUCGCGGCGCUCGAGGCGCGCGCCAACGUGCUCUGCGCGGGCCUCUUCCUGGCCGUGGUCUUGCUGGGCCGCGCGCUGGGCGGCGGCAGCCUGUGGGCGCUGGUGCCGCUCGGCGCCGGCGUGGCCUCGGCCGUGUUCCUGUGGGCCAAGGACCUGAUUCGGCGGGGGCGGGCGACGGAGUGGAGCGCCGAGCAGAGGCGCGGCGAGACGGCGGUCGUGAACCUCAUCCCCGAGUCGGUCGAGUGGCUGAACACGGCGCUGGGGCUGAUCUGGGGGCUGGUGAACCCGGACAUGUUCGCCGCCGUGGCCGACACGCUCGAGGAUGUCAUGCAGGCGAGCGUGCCCGGCGUGGUGGAGAACGUCAAGGUGAACGGCAUCUCGCAGGGCAGCAAUCCGCUGCGCAUCUUGAGCCUGCGGGCGCUGCCGGACUCGUACAUGCAGGACCUGAAGGAGGAGAUCCACAAGCGGGAAGCGAAGGGGAAGGACCCGCAGGAGCUGGCAGCCGAGGAGGAAGGGGGCGAGUUCUACAACCUCGAGGCGACCAUCGCGUACCACGCGCAGCCCUCGUCGGCUGACGUGUCCUCCAAGGCGAGGAACAUGGGCAUGCAGCUGAUAUUCUACCUCGGCGUCAAGGGCCUCUUCGGCGUGCCAUUCCCGAUCUGGGUCGAGCUCAACCGGCUGGUCGCCACGGCCAGGCUGCGCGUCGCGCUGGCGCCGAACCCGCCGUUCGUCAAGACGCUCAGCUUCACGCUGAUGGGCCUGCCCAAGGUGGAGGCGAGCUGCAUCCCGCUUGUCGAGAAGGGCGCCAACAUCCUCAACCUGCCCGUCAUCUUCAACUUUGUCAACUGGGCCAUCGCGACGGUGGCUAACAUGUACGUGGCGCCCAAGUCGAUGACGCUCGACGUUGGCAAGAUGCUGCAGGGCGACAAUAUCAAGAAGGACACCAUCGCGCUGGGCGUGCUGUUCAUCCGGAUCCACCGGGCGACGGGGCUCAGCAAGCAGGACCGGCGCGGCAGCGAGGGCGGCGGGUCGGACCCCUACAUCUGCGUGUCCUUCUCCAAGUUCGGCAAGCCGCAGUACUGCACGCGCGUGAUCCAGGACGACCUCAACCCCAUCUUCUCCGAGUGCUGCGCGCUGCCGCUGACGGCGGACGUGAUCCGGGUCGACGAGCAGCUGUCGCUCGAGCUGUGGGACAGCGACCGGUCGUCGGCCGACGACGUGGUCGGCAAGGUCGAGCUGAGCAUCCAGAAGCUGAUCCAGCACCCGGGCAGGAUGUUCCCGCAGGUGUCGCGCCUCCGCGGGGUCAAGGCCGGCAGCGCCAUGCCGGGCGAGCUGCACUGGGAGGUCGGCUUCUUCGGCAAGACGCAGUUCCGGCGCGCGCUGCGCACCGACGGCCUCGACCCCAAGCUGCCGGCGGAGCUGCGCGACAGGAAGGAGCUGCAGGACGAGCGGGGCAGCCUCGACACGGCCGAGGAGGACGCGGUCGUGCACACGCCGCCGGACCCGCUGUGGCCGAGCGGCAUCCUCAGCGUCGUGGUGCACCAGAUCGUCAACCUCGAGCUCGAGAACGUCAAGGGCUCGCGGGGCGGCAAGCGCACGGGCGGCAGGGAGUACGAGCCGGCGCGGCCCGAGGCGGGCGAGAUCAAGGAGGAGCAGGGCAAGAGGCUGCCGAGCGCGUACUGCACUGUGCUGAUCAACGACGAGCUCGUGUACAAGACGCGCACCAAGGUGGUCUCGUCGCGGCCCAUCUUCGAGGCCGGCACGGAGCGGUUCGUGCGCGACUGGCGCUCGUGCAUCGUCACGGUCACGGUGCGCGACUCGCGCCACCGGCAGCACGACCCCAUCAUCGGCGUGGUCCCGCUGCGGCUCAGCGACGUGCUGCAGACCAGCAGCCAGAGCACGCGCUGGUACCCGCUCGACGGCGGCAUCGGCUUCGGGCGCAUCCGGCUCAGCCUGCUCUUCCGGUCCGUCGAGCUGCGCCUGCCGCCGACCCAGCUCGGCUUCGGCGAGAUCGGCACGUUCGAGUUCCUCUCGGACGCCAUCACCGCGUCCGGCUACUGCCCGACCCAGCGGACCAAGCUGCGCCUGCGCACGGGCGGCAGCUCGGCCACGGUCAAGUCCGACGUCUGCCGCAAGACCGACGACGGCACCGGCCUGACGUGGGACAUCAGCGGCGCCUCCGCCUCCUCCUCGGAGCCAUCGAGCAAGCACAAGUCGACCCGCAUCCGGCUGCCGGUUCGCUACCGCUACCGCUCGCCCGUCUUCUUCGAGUUCCGCCCGGCGGGCAGGCGGCGCAAGCCCGACACGUUCGCGUCGGUCUGGCUGCAGGAUGUGCCGGACGCGGAGGAGCGGGACUUCGACAUCCCGAUCUGGCGGUGCAACAACGGCACGCGGCUGUCGCAGAACUACAUCACGCCGGACAACGUGGGGACGGUGCCGGACCUGCAGAUCGCCGAGAUCGGCCGGCUGCGCUUCCGCGGGCGGUUCAAGCCCGGCACGGACCGCGACCACCUGCGGUUCGUCAGCGACAACGACUCGCGCGAGACCAUCGAGACGUGGGAGGCCUGCUUCGCCGAGGGCGUGCGGGCCGAGCACGUCCGCCCGGAGGUGCCGCCCACCGUGCAGCGGCUGCACGAGGAGAGCCUGACGCACGGUCGCGACGUGCUGGCCAUGGCGCCCGAGGAGGACAAGAGGAAGUGGCUGGCCAAGGACGGCACCGAUUGGAGCGGCGCGUUCGGCGGGGAUCCGGCGGCCUUGUUGGGUGAGGGGCGGAGCGAGCGACAGGAUGAAGGUGCCGAUGGGGUCGACGGGAAAGUUGAUGGCCCUGUACACGAGGAGGAGGUAGAGAGCAGUAGCGGCGAGGACGAGGACGAGGCCGAGGAGGUGGACCUGGGCAUCAACGAUGCCACGAGCGCCAAGGGCAAGGAGCGGCAAACUAUCGAAGGGAGCGACGAAGGCGACGAGGGCAACUACACGUGGAAGCGACACGGCAGCGAGAGCACCAACGGCGCGCGCGGGUCCGUGGACAGCGCGGCCACGGGGGCCACGGGCACGACCGGCAAGACGAGCAGCAGCAGGAACCCCAUCAAGCAGUACCGCGAGUACCGCAGCCGGAGCAGGGACCUGCACCGGAAGCACCGCGGGCUGAUGCAGUGGAAACCCAUGCGCAGUGCGCAGUUCGCCAAGGACGAGGCGCUGUUCGCCGCCCGCAGGCUCAUGAAGGUGGGCAGCCUCAGCGGGCGCACGCCCGAUGUGGAGACCGAGGUGUGA